AUGUGUCCUGCCCUGCGAAACCGGAUACUCGGACAAGUCGACUGGGACUCCCUACAUGGAGGACGGCACUGGCGCAGUCAGGGCUACCAGCCAUGGUACGCAUCCGACUCCUGCAAGACGGCCUUUAUCAUCCACGUCGAAGGAAAUUUCCCCAAGGUCUGCGGGUGGCCGGAGAAGGAAGAGAGCAAAGGGAGGAGAGAGAGCAGGAAGAACUCAGCAACAACAAUGGAAAAGUCCCAGGAGGCCGGUACUACUACAGCUUCGCCCAAGGGGUACGGAUGCUACCGCUGCCACACGAUCAAGCCCGAAGCCGCCUUUGAGAAGCUGCCCGACUACUUUGUCGUGUCAUCUGCCGGGUGUAUCGUCGGGCGGUACGCAGGCAAGGCCGACGGCGACAAGGAGCAGUCGACGCUCCCGACGCUGCGGAGCGGGGAGGGCCUCCUGCGGCGCUUCUGUAUUGAGUGCGGCGUGAGGGACGGGCUGUAUGAGAAGAGGAAGCUCAUUACGUCGUUGACGGAGGAGAGGUGGUCUGUCUGCGACUGUCGGCGUCUGCACUGGGUGCCGUCGAAUGAGUCGUACAUUGAGUGUGAGCACUGUCUCGUCAAGAGUGCUUUCAGACCGCCGGUGUGA